UAAUAUUCCCAGAAAUAAUCUCUCUCUAGAUUGCGUGCACUCGAGCUUUUCUCUAAAUAUUGAUGGGUUCGGAAAUAUAUAGAACACUCCCCGUGUCGACCUGUUGGUCGGCAUCCAUAGAUGAACGACCGAUUACAGAACCAGUGGGUAUCAACCCUCAUUCAACAAUGUGUGUUCUCCUGAAAUUAAAUGUUCAAACCAUCGAACAAUGGGUGAAUUACAAUGACGAAGUUUUAAUGGAAGAUGUAAGACCAUUGAGGUCACGAUUUACUUGGGUCGAUUUUGGGGCGAUCCAUGAUGAUUUGAAACAAAAUCUGUUGUCAAAACUUCCAGAUUGUGGAUCUGAUCAUUAUUUUAAAGAAGAAAUUGUGAAAAUUUUAAUUAGCUAUGGACACGACAUCCUAGCUUCUGCAGAUGAGAAAAAAAUGUUAGAUGUUUAUAUGACGCAGUUUGUUAAACACCGUCUGGAUGAAACUUCGUUGGGGUCGAUUAAUGGUCCGAACAUGAUACCUGCGAGCAUGGAAGCGAUCAUAUCUCUGCCAAAGGAGAUUCGUUUCAAGGACAAUAGCAACGGGGUUGAGAGUUGUAUGGUGUGCUUGGAAGACAUAGGGACAGGGUCCGUGGUAUCAACCCUUCCAUGUUCUCAUAUUUUUCAUAGCUUUUGCAUUUCGAAAUGGUUAAAGAGAAGUCACUGUUGUCCUAUUUGUCGCUUUAAGAUGCCUAUUGCACAAUGAAACAAGUCAUGUACUUUUCAUAUUCUUUUUUCCUUCGUUUUA